AUGGAGGAUAUAGCGGGGUUGAAAUGGAGCGCCACCCCGGCGAACGGACAGAACUCGAAACCCGCAACCGCGACAUCGAAUUUCUCUGCCUUUAAUACAUUAAAACCCACUCCGCCAACCUCAGAGAGGGCCUCUCCAUUCAACCCGGCGACGAGUCAGCCUCCUUCCAAGCCGUCGACCCCCGGAAACGAUAGCUUCGCGAACCUUGUUUCCUUCGGACCGGCGUCGCAUAAGAAUCUCUCGUUGUCAGAACAGCAAAGGAUACAGGUGGAGGCUAAGGCACAACAGCAGAAAGACCAGGCUCGGAGAUUGAAUGAUCAGUUUUCUGGCGGAGAUGAUCAAUUUUGGAACAAUUUGGGUAGUGGGAGGGGGACGGCUGCGAUCGACACCGCAAAGAAUCAGACCACGAACCACAAGAAUCACGAGUUAGACGAUACCGACGACGAUCUAUUUGCUGCUUUCAAUAAACCAACCGCUGCUAAAAACGACGCUGCUACUGCAUACGUUCCAAAAAAGCAUGUGGACGUUGACGACAAUGAUGACCCCUUCGGACUCUCAAAACUCCCUCCUAGGCGGGCAGAUACUGCGGCGACGGCGAGCACCGCUGCGGGUGAUGAUGACGACGUGCUCGGGCUUCUCGGAAAGCCUGUAUCUACUGCAAAACCUCAAUCUCCUCCCUUAGCCACGGAAAGCCCGGCCACCGACCGUCAUCCGCAGGACAAAGCUGUGGCAGAGCUGGUUGAUAUGGGAUUCCCCGCGGACAAGGCAAAAGUCGCCUUAGAGGCGACGGAAUCAGGAAUUGAUGUCCAGGCCGCCGUGGGUUACUUACUGAACCAAGCCCACGCCGAGGCGCGGCAAAAAGCUCAGUCAAGAACUGCCUCUGGGCAAGUAGGAGAUUCGGACAAUGACAGGAUAGGCUCCCGGAAUGAAGCGCAUGCAUCGAGGACGAGACCACCAUGGGAAAACGGAGAAGGCCCCAGACGUACAAAAGGCUCCACUCAAAAUGGAGAGAAAGAUUUCGAACAGCUUGCAACAGAAUUCGGCAGUAACUUCUUGAAGACGGCAAAUUCAUUGUGGAAGCAAGGGACAAAACGAGUUCAGCAAGCUGUCCAGGAAUUCAAUUCUGAAACUGAGGCUGGCAAUCAACCCCGGUGGAUGCGGGAAGUAGCAGAGCGACCGACCAGAAAGGAGCAGCCACAACGACAGCCUGAGGUCGAGUCAGGACGUGGAAGAAGUAGACCGGGCGCAGAAGCCCCCAGCCAAGCAAGCAUGACGGAUGAGGCGAUGAUGCUGGAAAUCAACCGACCAACCUCUGCAUCACGACCUUCCACUUCCUCCAGACCGGUGCGACAUUUUGACUCGAGUGCUGACAACUCUCGGGAUCAGUCGCCCGUUAUACCCUCACGGCUGCGUGAUUCACUUCCUCAGACCCAGCCAGCUUUUCUACGACAGCAAAACCAAUCCCCUGCCGCGAGUUCACGAGCUAGUCUAACCCGCGCUGCUGCCGAGGAACAGGCUGCUCAAGCGUAUGUCAGCUCAGCUCGACGACGGAAACAACCACCUCGUUCGGUUCAUGACGCACCGCCAGCAUCCGUCCCGGAAUCGGAUCUUCUCGAAAGUGGCUUCAAGGACUCUUCUUCCUCCCUUCCACGUCCAGCGGCAACUCAUGUGGGAAUGAACAAACCAUCUACUCGAUCUCAAUCUCAACCGGUCAAACAACGGGUCGACUCAACUGCAACUCAAGUCCGACCUCCAGCUCCCACCCGUCAUGUCCCUUCCAUCCCCGGCAUCGCCCUCCAAGCCAGUCACUCCCACCGCGAGAAAGGUAACGAACAUUUCAAGCGUGGUGACUAUGCGUCGGCACACCAGUCUUAUGCAACUUCCCUGUCGCACUUACCGGAAUCCCAUCCGCUAACCAUUGUGCUUUUGACAAACCGUGCUCUUACGGCGCUGAAGAUAGGCGAGCCUAAACAAGCCAUCAUGGAUGCCGACAAGGCCAUAAUGAUCAUAGGACCAUCGAAGGGUGAGAAUGAGCACAUAGAGGUCACCAGCCCAGGCAAUAUGGGUAACAAGCCAAUGCGCGAAUACUAUGGAAAAGCGCUCAUGCGCAAAGCUGAAGCACUAGAGCAGAUGGAGAAGUGGACCGAGGCCGCUGUUGUCUGGAGAGAAGCCGUGGAGGGAGGUCACGGCGGUGCGACGAGUAUCCAAGGCAGAAUGAGGGCAGAGAAGGCAGCAAACCCACAGAAACCCAAACCUACCUCUACAACAGCAGCGAGGAAGCCCGGUUCCUUUUCGGCUCCAGCCUCGUCAGCCCUCCGCCGAUCACCGCCCGCCCCUGCGUCUACAAGCGUCAAGCCAGCGGAAGCUGUUUCUCGUCUGCGUGCCGCAAACCUUGCUGCGGACCAGCUCGACGAUGAAAAAUUCCGUCUCUCUGAGUCUGUUGAUGCACGCAUCAAUGCGUGGAAAUCCGGCAAACAGGACAAUCUCCGCGCCUUGCUGGGUUCACUAGACAGUGUGCUCUGGGAAGGCAGUGGGUGGAAGAAGAUAAGCAUGGCCGAUUUGGUCCUCCCUGGCAAGGUCAAGAUUCAGUACAUGAAGGGCAUCGGUAAAGUGCAUCCUGACAAGAUUCCCACCGAUGCUACCACCGAACAGAGAAUGAUUGCCGGCGCCGUCUUCAGCGCGUUGAACGAGGCCUGGGACAAAUUCAAGGCCGAGAAUGGUUUAUAG